AAAGAUAUAGGAAAAUAUAAAACCACCUCUACCUUUAUAAAUAACAACAACAAAAAAUUAAACAUAUACUCGACAAUACUUGUGAACCUAUAUACCAUACAUUUACUUCUAGCCAUGGAUACCCAAGAUGGCAUCUCUAGAUCUACAGUAGAAGCUUCACCAGCCCAUUACAUAAUGAAAAUACAAUCAUUUUCACUCCUCACUAAUAACUCUAUUGAGAGAUAUGAAUCAGGGAAAUUUGAAGCUGGAGGCCACAAAUGGAAGUUAGUUCUGUACCCAAGUGGAAACAAGAACAAGAAUGUAAAGGACCAUAUUUCACUAUAUUUGGCAUUGGAAGAAUCAAGCUCACUUCACCCUGGUUGGGAAAUCUAUGUUAAUUUUAAAUUGUUUUUGUUUGAUCAGAACAAUGACAAUUACCUAGUUGUCCAAGAUGCUGUGAAAAAGGAAAGAAGAUUUCACAGAAUGAAGGUCGAAUGGGGAUUCGAUCAAUUUAUUCCUCUCAAGGACUUCAAUCAUCAGGGCUCUAAAGGUUAUCUAGUGGAUGAUAUAUGUGUGUUUGGAGUAGAAGUCUUUGUNNNNAGGGAAAGCCACACAGGGAAAGGAGAAUCUUUGAUAAUGAUGAAGGAUGUCCUCCCCUAUAAGCACGUUUGGGAAAUUAAGGACUUCUCAAAAUUGGAUUCAGAAUGUUAUGACUCUAAACUAUUCAAUUCUGGAAAUUACAAGUGGAAGAUAAAACUAUAUCCCAAAGGAAAAGGCACUGAAUUUGCCAGAUAUCUUGCUCUAUACCUAGCUUUAGAUAACCCAACAGCCCUUCCACCGGGUUGCAAAAUAUAUGCACAGACGACAUUACGCAUACUUGACCAGAAACAAGCCAAGCAUCAAUCUGGGAAGGCUAAUUACUGGUUUAGUGCCUCAAACCAUGAACAUGGCGCAACCAGAUUUCUUUUGAUCAAUAAUUUCACCAGUCAAUACUUGGGGUAUCUGAUAAAGGACACUUGCUUUGUAGAUGCUGAGGUAACAGUUCUUGGAGUGGUUGAUGCCUUGACCUGAGAUUGUUUUAAGGCAUAUGUUUUAUUGAAGAAUGUAGUUGCAGUGAAACAUUUGGUGAAGCCUCAGAUGUAUCUAAUAAUCAAAGAAAAUGAGCAGUAGUGCUUCUGUGAUUUCUGCAAAUCCAUUACACCUUGUCCAUCCUGCUUUCUAUGAGUGUAAUAGGCUUCAAUUUAUUUACAUACAUAUAUAUAUAUAUAUAUAUAUUUAUAUAUUCUAUAAUUAGAAAUUGACAUCCCAAUUCUUCUUAA